AUGUCUACUGGCACUGGUGAUGAUGAUGAUGAUGAUGAUGAUGAUGAUGAUGAUGAUGAUGAUGAUGAUGAUGAUGAUGAUGAUGAUGAUGAUGAUGAUGAUGAUGAUGAUGAUGAUGAUGAUGAUGAUGAUGAUGAUGAUGAUGAUGAUGAUGAUGAUGAUGAUGAUGAUGAUGAUGAUGAUGAUGAUGAUGAUGAUGAUGAUGAUGAUGAUGAUGAUGAUGAUGAUGAUGAUGAUGAUGAUGAUGAUGAUGAUGAUGAUGAUGAUGAUGAUGAUGAUGAUGAUGAUGAUGAUGAUGAUGAUGAUGAUGAUGAUGAUGAUGAUGAUGAUGAUGAUGAUGAUGAUGAUGAUGAUGAUGAUGAUGAUGAUGAUGAUGAUGAUGAUGAUGAUGAUGAUGAUGAUGAUGAUGAUGAUGAUGAUGAUGAUGAUGAUGAUGAUGAUGAUGAUGAUGAUGAUGAUGAUGAUGAUGAUGAUGAUGAUGAUGAUGAUGAUGAUGAUGAUGAUGAUGAUGAUGAUGAUGAUGAUGAUGAUGAUGAUGAUGAUGAUGAUGAUGAUGAUGAUGAUGAUGAUGAUGAUGAUGAUGAUGAUGAUGAUGAUGAUGAUGAUGAUGAUGAUGAUGAUGAUGAUGAUGAUGAUGAUGAUGAUGAUGAUGAUGAUGAUGAUGAUGAUGAUGAUGAUGAUGAUGAUGAUGAUGAUGAUGAUGAUGAUGAUGAUGAUGAUGAUGAUGAUGAUGAUGAUGAUGAUGAUGAUGAUGAUGAUGAUGAUGAUGAUGAUGAUGAUGAUGAUGAUGAUGAUGAUGAUGACGAUGAUGAUGAUGAUGGCCUAUUUGCUGUGCCCGACCAAAGCGCAUAUCGAUAUACUGUUCUUCGUGGGUCUCUUGACGGUAGACGUUAUUUGGUUCUCGGCAAUCAAGGGAUUUUUCACCGUUCUACUAUCGCCCCUCUGGUCUCGUCCAUGAGCGCUGAUGGUCAAUAUCUGGACCAUUCAAUGACAGAUAACGAGUCCUCUCAAACUGCACUCUCUGUUCACAUUGAUAAUGACGCAUGUAACAACCUUGAUCUUCAAAUCGGGCCAACUAUCACGUGUGUUUCGCCCACUCUCGGAAUUGUUGCUUCCACCUCUGCGCCGAUCGUUACCUCCGCCAUUGCCACUUAA